AAAAUGGGAUAUGUCACCUAAUAUACGUUUCACUAGGUUUUCGAAACUUUUUCGAAAAACAUAUGUUACCACGAGGCUCAGCAUAGUCGAUCACCUAUGUUUCCAUGUGUUUUCACCUUCCCAGACCCAGUUUAAUGGGAGACAUAUAGCUUCAGGGAAAAUCCUGGCUCUGCAAAAACCAAGCGAAAGCAAGAGGUCGCUUAGAUCCAUAUUUGUGGAAGACACUUUGGUCUAUCUACUUAUGAAAAAAAUCGGUGGAUUGCUAUUUUUGUUUUCUGAAAUCCAAGCUAUUUUUCAAAGAUUCUCGGAAAACCCAGUUUUUUGAAUCUUUUCCAAACUAGUUUUUGCUUAUGUAAAGUUAGCUUCAAGCGUCUAUUUUCUAUUGCUGGAAACCGCAAGUCUCUAGAGUUAUUGCAAAAACAACCGAGUGCACUGUAUUUUGGCACCGAUAAUAGCACUUUCUCACACAAAACAGAAACAUUAACAAAGUGUAUAACAUUGGGUUUUUUUUCACAGGUUCAAACACAAGUUACAAAUCAAAAUGAUCAGUUAGAAGAUAAAGAGUUGAUGUGUGAUGGAAAAAAUCUCUAUGAAAUACCCGGUGCAACAGCCUUAGAAUAUGCGCGAAAUAUUUUAAAUGCAAUAUUCACACCAGAUGAAAUAAAAAGUAAAAAAUUACCAGGAAAUAGAAAAUUGAUGAAACUCGAUGAUGCUCAAUUAAAUGAACAACAACUGGAUACAAUUGGAAUAAAAUUGACCUGCUAA